GGUUUUGUAGUAAAACCAAAAUAAAGAGGAAAAAAUCAAGUUUAUAACGUUUACAGCCUGCUGGUGUGUUGACACAUCAGUAUGUGUCGCUGUGAGGAGUCUCGAGAACGAAACUGAUCUGCAUCAACCUGCUGUGCACCUGCGAUUUACCCUUAACACACACACACACACACACAGCCGUACAGACAUGUUUAUGAAGUGCGUGAGUAAAUGUCAUUGAUUUGAAGGCUGUUCAGUUUGUGUUUCUCGUGCACGUGGUUCAGGUUGCGGGCGCGGCUCCGACUGUCAACGAGCAGAGCCGAGCAUCAAUCGACUGUAUUUAUAAGCUCCACAGAUUUUACUGAAUCAACAGCGACAUGAGGAUUUCAUUGUUUCUCAUUCUCGUUUCGGCAUUUGGAGGUGUGUCUGGUGUUGUUACAGGUGAAGUGAAGGUGAUGUCAGUGAUGGAGGGAGAUUCUGUCACUUUAAACACGUGUGUUCGUGACAUUCAAAAGGACAGCAAUAUAGUGUGGACAUAUGGCCCUGAAAACGAUGUGUUGGCUAAACUAAACAAGGGCUCACAGACCUCUAUAAAUGAAGAUGUUCUUGAUGAGAUGUUCAGAGGCAGACUGAAGCUGGAUCCUCAGACCGGAUCCCUCAGCAUCAAGAACAUCAGGACCGGUCAUUCUGGACUUUAUACAGCUGAGAUCACCAGCAGCAAAGAAGGAACGUCCAAAAGAGUUUUCAAUGUCAAUGUAACUGGCGUGUUUGAUCCAGAAGCAGAUAAACUGAAGUCGGUGUGGAAGAAUGAGGGAGAACCUGUAACUCUAAACACUGGUGUCACAGUGAAGAGAGAUGAUCUGAUUCUGUGGAAGUUCGGACAGUCCUCCAAACACUGCGUUUAUGAUGCCGUCCAUAACAUCCCAGCCAUCGCCAAACUGUACGGAGAAACCCGAGAGACGUCGCUGGAUGCUGGUGAAGAUCAGAUAUUCAGCGGCUGUCUGUCGCUGAACGAGCAGACAGGAGAUCUGACCAUCAGAAACACUCAAACCAAACACGCAGGAUGUUAUUUUCUACAGAUCAACAGUAACACCGGGACUCGAUUCAGAAGGUUUAACGUUACUGUCAGCGCCAGGACAGAACCUGCUCCCCGGACGCACUGGGAGGUAACUGGUCCAGUAUUUUUGGUAGCAGCGAUCAUGCUGGGGGUGAUCGUGAUGGGCCUGCUUUCGAAAAAACGAGUAUUCAAGCACUGCAGGAAAUACAAAGAUUCAGAGACGACGACACAGGAAUCUUUAGAUGUUCUCAACCCCAGCAGUUAAGUCACUGAAUAGAGAAUAUAACGUUAAUUUAUAUUGGUAUUUAAACCCAACUCUUGCACUGCUGGACUGUAAAACUGAACAUUUGAGUUGCAUAACAAUGCUGUCAUUGACUUCACACAUGGUCAGUAACAAGAACCAAAACAUGAAUUCAAGAAAUCGCUGCUUCCGUUGUAGCAUUUCCUCCCAUGGAGCCGCCAUUUUGGUUCUUGAGAUUUUCAAAAUGUGAAAUGUUUCAGCUCACCUCAUAUCUGUGACAGAUCAGAGUUUAACAUCUCUGUCUGGUUCAGUGGACUGCUGUUACUCUCUGUGUUUUGAUGGUUUUAAUGAUAGAAAAUCACUAUUGAAAGACACUUGCAUUUUUUAUUUGCUACUUUCUGUGUACAUUUGUCUUAUUUUUUACAUCAUCGAAUGUUUUGCCUUAUGCUUCACUACUGAAAGACCCAAUGACCAAGUGUUUUCUGUUUGUUAAAUGUGAACUGAGAUCAGUUACUCUCUGUAUAUGUUACUGUUCUGUAUAUGAGGAUAUAUUAUGAGUUCUGAUGCCAUAUUAUGCUCUAUGAUGAUGAUGCAUUGCCGUUGAACAGAAACUUUACUGCUCUCUAGUGGACAAACACUGGUAACGCUUCUGUCACUUUAAACAAAAUGCAUGACGAUUUACAAGGGCAAAUAACAAAGUCCAUUUUAAGCCUGAAUUAAAUACACAAUAUAUGUGAUUGAGUCAUAUGAUAAAAAUCUUUGUCUUAAGAAAAUGUAUUAACACUUCUUCAAAAUCAUCAUUUUUUACAGUUUUGUUUAGCAGACUGGCAAAGAAAUGUGGUGUGUAACCUUUCUUCUAUAAACCAGCAUGACUUUAUGAUGCAGAAAUAGAUUUAUAAAACCGAAGUAUACUUGAAAGGGCCCUUAAGAAUGAAGGAUUUCUAUAGGUACAACACAGAUCAUGUUACGUGUGGAUAAAAGUGUAGGUUUGGACAGAAAAUAUAAAUGUGUUCAAUAGGACGCAAUGGUUUGUGUUUCUUGACCGUACUGAUUUUCUUGACAUCACUGCUGCUGAUAUAUUUUUAACAGUUUUACUAUAUAUGCAGAUGUGUUAAACAUGUACAGACAAGCCUUAAAGGGAUAGUUCGCCCAAAAUUAAAAUUCUGUCAUCAAAUUCUGUUUAUUUGGGAUAAUCUCAUGAACAAGUCUGACAUCACUGCAAAAAGAUGUUAACAUUGAAGAUUCAGGUCCAUGUUAUAUUAUUUCUGAAUGCAUGUGCAGCUAUACAGAAUGACAAUGAGAGACUAAACUUAGUUACGGUUCGUUUACAUCAUGACAGCCCAUGUAAAACCAUUGCACUCAUUUUUUGUUUGACUAAAACUGAAAGAAAUGAAUGGAACACACACAACUUACCCACCAGACUCCUCGAGCACAAACACAA